GUUUGGAGACUUGUUCGAUCGCCUCUGAUCUGAAAUAUUUGCUGAAAAAAGUCCGCUUGGUGGCCCCAAUUCGCUAUAGGGGACCGUGAUCCACACCCAUAGAUUUCGAUUUUGUAAACGUGCGAGGCAACUGGGAGCGACAACUUUGGUGUCGCAAGAUAACGAUGCUGGGAUGGAGAACGCGGCGACACAUUCACGUGCGGCCGACCGUAGAAGUUUUCGCAACACCAGGGUGUGCCGAGAAAUUUGAAAACCUUCUUGUGAAGCGCGCACGUAGCUUAAAAUUGACAAGUGCGCACUGUGCGGCUGUACGCGUGCUUUCAGUCUGCCCUUCGUGCUAAUUUUGUUGAUGUUGCAACUCGGGGAACGCGACCGACGAAACGUAAGCAAGAGACAAAACGGAAUAAUAGGGCGCUAGGCUACACCUCAGUUCCGGCAAAAAAGCUAACGGUUUAUUUCAGUCAUUUCAGCGGUACUAGCUGCUGACUUCGAAGAGCAAAGUAUAAAGAUCCUCUAGCAAGUAAAGGCGCUAUAAUUUAUUCCACUGAGUUCAUAUUUUGCAAAACUUGUCUGAGAAAUUAACCCGCCGUUAGUCGGUAGGAAGACAAUGAGAGACGCAAAAUUAAGAGCAUUAAUUAUAAACCAACUAUAGGACGCAAGCAGUUACAUGCCUGUGUACAUUUCUGCUGGCUUCGCAGUUCUCGCGGCCACUUGUAAACGGGCGCUCGUAAAUUAUUUCGCUUGUCAGUAUUGACGCCGCAAACUAUAUGAGAGUAUGAUUUAACGCCGCUACUUCCGCGCCGUCGACGCCACGGGUAUGCGCUGUGGGAUAGAGCUGAGUCACCACGGCAGCGCAUACAUGCUUCGAUGGAAGGAGCCUUAACGAGUUGCUCAUCAUAUGCCGAGCGUCUGAAGUGACUGCGCGAAAAAAGAAAAAAAAAAAAAAAGAAAAGGAAGGGACAAGUUUUGAAGGCUCUAUGCGCAUGCAUGGAAGGAUUCGGCCCGAAAGAAGCCGCUGUAUCGCGUGCAGGCAGUUGUCUCGCAUGAAAGUUCUCGCGAAGACCCCGAAAUGAGGAGGAGGAGGAGGAGGAGGAGGAGGAGGGCUUUCAUUCGGUGCAUUUCUUUCGUCUCACGCGCGCCCAUAGCACGCGUGCUUUCUCUUCGAGGGGCACGGGAGGAGGUUGGCGAGGGCGCGAGCACCUGUGUGGCGGCGGCGUAAUGAUGGAAGCUUGAAAGGCUAGCCUCUCGGUUGCGCGUUAAGACGAAUGCCAUCUCGAAAGGAGGCGCGCGCGAGUGCUCAACGGAAAACUCCUUUGCCGCACGGCAGGCGCCUGCCGCGCUGGCGAGUCGAGCCUGCAACAUUUGCCGAGGGGCCGGCGACCCAGCGAGGACGGCGUGUAUGGACUUCGCGUCGGGAUGGAUUUCGGCAGGACCCAGCAGUUCAUCAUGGUCAGCUCCAUGUACUGCCAGCUGCUCGUCGUCAUCUGCGUGGUGUUCUUCACGUCCGAGGUGGUGACGUUCAGGGUGCCCCUCUAUUACUUCGAGGGCUUCUACAUGUACCUGUACAGCGUGAGCCUGCUGUUCCUCCUCUACGUGUACAUCUACCUGCUCCGGCGCUCCUCCCCGACCGGGUCCGGGGCCGCGUACAGGUGCCCCAAGAAGAUCACCAUCCUCGAGAACCUGCGACGCAGCGUGGGCGACAAGGCGCAGCCCAACAAGGGGCUCGACGCCGCGGCCGCCCAGAGCGGCGGUGUGCCGCCGAGGCUCAAGAAGCAACGCAUCUCGGAGAACGACCGUAGCCACGGAAGCCUCUUCCUCAGGAUCGGCGCCAUUGCCUUUGGCCUGGGCACAAUGGUGUACAACGGCUUAGAGUUCGGCUCGUUCUUCGAAAUUCCAUCCACGUCGCCCUGCUACAGCGUACUGCUGGGAAUCAACCCUGUCCUGCAAAUGGUUUUCACAUUUGCUCAAAUGUACUUUAUCUUCAUGAACGCAAGGCUGAAUAUCCACAAGUUCAAAGUGGUUGCCAGAUUCGGCCUAAUGCACGUCGUGGCCACCAACAUAUGCGUUUGGAUACGCACUCUUGGCAAGGAGACUCUGCAGGAAAUAAACGAGCACCACCUCAGAAAUGGCCGUGGAAGCACACUGGAAGAACUUAUCUUGCCAUUCAGGGUGCAGCGAAGCCGAUUCUCCCAGGAGAACGCGUCGCAGAACUUCACCAACCCGUGCGAAAAGCAGGACAUCAUGGGCACCAUCGUGUCCGACUCGUCCCCUUUCCUGUACCCGUUCAUCGUCGAGUACAGCCUCAUCAGCGCGGCCGUGCUCUACGUCAUGUGGAAGAACAUCGGCAAGGACCCCGUGUACCACGUCGAGAACAGCCACGACGACGGCAUAUCGCGCACGUCGAGCCUCCAGGCGGGCUCCAAGGUCAACUGCACGGGCUCCAGCAAGGGCCUCUUCUUCGGUCUCCUCGUACUCGUCUGCUCUACCAUCUGCCUCAUUGUCUUCUUCGUGCUGAUCCAGCACGAGCGGUACGCGAUGCUGGCCAUCUACCUGUCGGACCUUUCGCACUGCGGCAUCAAGGUACUGACCAUCGGGGCCAUAACUAUCGGUUUCUUCCGCAUCAAGUCGCUCCGCUUCCACCCCGACCGGAAGGACCACCUGCGAAGCAUUCUGCUCAGCGUUGCCGCGUUCGGGCUCUACGUUUACGCCAUGUUCGGCAUCAUAGCCGGGAGCCUGCUGCCCAAAGACCACAUCCCGAACCUUCUGGUCAUGGUCACCAGCAUUCUGACCAUCGUCCAGGUGACGAUGCAGUCGCUCUUCAUCGCGGACAUAACCUGCCGCAUGACGUACCUGCCCGAGCACGACCACAGCAAGCCGGGCCGGCAAGUCAUCACGUUCCUGCUCAUUGGAAACCUCACACUUUGGAUCAUCUACACUUUCGAGAAGCAGAAGGUCGAGGCCAGCCCCGUGCAACUUGGCUUCUACGGGUUCAUGGCUUGGACGGUUAUCAUACGGGCCUCGCUACCCCUCAGCAUCUUUUACCGGUUUCACUCGUCCGUAACAUUCGCCGAGGUCUGGAAGAACUCCUACAGGAACAUGGGUAACUGAAAUUUAAGGGAAGCGAAAUACUCAAGUACCAUACAAUCAAAAUCGCAAUGUGUUGUGCUGUCUUUAUCUGUAGCAUACACAAAUGCGUUGUUUGCAGCAUGGAAGCAAACAUUAGGCCCUGGCCAGAUGCUCGGUGACAAUGAACAAUCUGGAUUUGAUGCUAUUUGUACCAUAUGCGUUUGUGACCAAUGAUAAACGCCAAAUUCAGCAAGCAUGUAGCUUAGUUUUUCUCCUGAGUGCGUGGUUUUAUACCAUAAAUGGCUUGCACUCGGGUUCCUCCUUGUCGUGACAAUGAUUGCACAUUGCUACUUUCCAUUUUGUCAUCAAUGAAGUCCACGCAACUUUCCCCCCAUAGUUGACAACGUAUGGUCGCUCAUUCAAAUGUAUAUAUCAUAGUUGUGUAUGUGAUGCGCUCUUGUACAUAGGUUAAUUACCAUUACUUGGACAGAUGUCUGAUCACCAUUCACACACUCAUUACCUGCAGUUAUGAGUAGCACCAGAAUCUGCUCUUCUGCAGGUGCUUCAUACAUUACAGAUGUUCACUUGCCAUGUGUUCCUUUGUCUCCAAUAUAGAUGUAUGACAAAUAAAGACUGAUUUCGUCUUUAAA